AUGGAAGAAGACUACUACUCUAUCACUGCGAUCCUCGCGGAUAACCACAAACUGUCGUGUACUUUUGCCCAGGAUGUAGAGGGUCUGGGCUAUCUCGAAGGCGGCAGCGACCCCAACAUUCAAGAGGGUGCCAAAGUCGAGUUGCCUUUUUGGCUUGCCGCUUACCCCAUGCUAAUUAGUGAAUUCACAACAUUCAUCAUCCCCCUCCCUUACUCGUCACGCGUCAAAGAUGCUUUGAUAGCUUCAGCAACCAGCGUCAAGCUGUCUAACCUGGUCGGGGGCAACGGCUGGUGGUACAGAUUAGGCAAAAGACUUGUGGACAUCCUUGAGGAUGCGCUGGCCAAUGAUAUACGGAACAUGCUACUAAAGGCAUUUGCGGGGAGAUUGCCCAUCCUACAAGAUCUGGCGGCGCACCAUGCCUCUGCAGAUCAUACAUUACCAGAAAUCAGUUCGACCCGAGGGGAGAUCUUCAGAGAUGGUAUGGAAGGAGAUGAGAGGGAGCUGUUUGCCAUUGGGCAAGAUUCGGGCAGACUAUACAAGGCGUGGUAUGACAGGAAGAAAGGUGGAAGAUAG